AUGUUGGAGUAAGUGGAUAAGAUGGUGACAAUUAUAUUAUAGUAGACAAAAGUAUUAAGCAAUUUUGUGUUUAAGCUUGAGGUAAGUCCACGCGAAAGAUUAAGCCUAUGCCUAAGGCAGAAACUGAGCCUGAGCUUAUGCCUGAACCUAAGCCUGAGCCUGAGCCUGAGCCUGAGCCUGAGCCUGAGCUCGAGCCUGAGCCCGAGCCUGAUCCUGAGCCUGAGCCAGAGCCAGAGCCAGAGCCAGAACCAGAACCAGAACCAGAACCAGAACCAGAACCAGAACCAGAGCCAGAGCCAGAGCCAGAGCAGAGCCUGAGCCUGAGCCAGAGCCAGAACCAGAGCCAGAGCCAGAGCCAGAGCCAAAGCCUGAGCCUGAGCCUGAGCCUGAGCCUGAGCCUGAGCUCGAGCCUGAGCCUGAACCUAAGCCUGAGCCUGAGCCUGAGCCUGAGCUUGAGCCCGAGCUUGAGCUUGAGCCUGAGCCUGAGCCUGAGCCUGAGCCUGAGCCUAAGCCUAAGCUUGACCUUGAGCUCGAAUUUGAACGUGAGCCGAAAUCUGAGCCUGAGUCUGAGCAUAAGCUUGAGGAGCCUGAGUUUAAACCUGAGUUUGAGCUUAAGCAUGAGCUUGAGUUUAAGCUUAAGCUUCAGCCUAAGAAUAAGCCUAAGGCUAAGUCUAAGCUUAAGCCUAAGCCUAUGCUUACCCAAGAUAAGACUGAACCGUAA